AUUUCCCUCUCAGCCCCAUUUCACUUUUAGGCGAGAGAGAGAGAGAGAGAGUGAGUGAGAGAAUGAGGGAGGAGAAUGUGGAGAAGCUCCGAGGAGUGGUGAGAGAUUGCGUGAGCAAGCAUCUCUACUCAUCGGCCAUCUUCUUUGCGGACAAGGUGGCCGCGCUGACAUCGGACCCCGCCGACAUCUAUAUGCAGGCCCAGACCCUCUUCCUUGGCCGCCAAUACCGUCGCGCCCUCCACAUCCUCAACGCUUCCCAGAUCAUCCCUCGCGACUUCCGUUUCCGCUACCUAGCUGCCAAAUGCCUCGAGGAAUUGAAGGAGUGGCAUCAAUGUCUAUCAAUGCUGGGUGAGGCUAAAGUUGAUGAGCAUGGAAAUGUUCAUGCCCUUGAUGAUUGUAAUGUUAUGUACUUGGAUAAGGAGGGGGAAGACCGUGAAAUCAAUAUCUCUUCUGCGAUAUGCUUUUUACGUGGUAAGGCAUAUGAAGCUUUGGAAAACCGCGCCCAAGCUCGCCAAUGGUACAAAGCUGCUAUCAGGGCUGAUCCUUUAUGUUACGAGGCUUUGGAGUGUCUGAUUGACAAUCACAUGCUUACAUGUGAAGAAGAAAAGUGUCUCCUCUCAUCAUUGCAAUUUACUCCAGAGGAUGGAUGGUUAUCUGCAUUUUAUUCAUGUCUGACAAAGAAGUAUGACAAAGAAAGUGUCAUAGAAGCAAAAUUCACAGAGCUAGAAAAGGAAAAUGGUGGUAUUAGCUCUCCAGAUUCUUCUUUUACACACACCUUGAAAAAUAACACUGACCUGUUGGCUUGCAAAGCUGAAUACUACCAUCAAUGCGGUGAAUAUCAGAAAUGCUUUGAGUUGACUUCUGUGCUUCUUGAAAGAGAUCCAUUCCAUUUGAAAUCUACUUUAGUGCAUUUAGCAGCUGCUAUGGAGUUGGGCCAUUCAAAUGAACUCUAUCUUAUGGCAUCUAGUUUGGUGAAGGAUUAUCCUCAAAGAGCGUUGUCAUGGUUUGCUGUUGGUUGCUACUACUAUUGCAUCAAGAAGUAUGACCAAUCACGGCGUCAUUUCUGCAAGGCUACAAAUCUGGAUGCUACAUUUGCACCUGCUUGGAUAGGUUUUGGAAAUGCUUAUGCUGCCCAAGAAGAGGGUGAUCAAGCAAUGGCUGCCUUCCGCACUGCAGCUCGUUUGUUUCCUGGGUGCCAUUUACCAAAUUUAUAUAUUGGAAUGGAAUACAUGCGGACACACAGUUUUAAACUUGCUGGACAGUUUUUCAUGCAGGCAAAAGCAAUUUGCCCUACUGAUCCACUUGUAUAUAAUGAACUUGGCGUUGUUGCUUAUCAAUCCAAGGAGUAUCAAAAGGCUGUGCGGUGGUUUGAGAAAACUUUGGGUAACAUUCCGUCAUCAUUAAGUGAAAUGUGGGAACCAACAUUGGUGAAUCUUGCACAUGCGUACAGGAAGUUAAAGAUGUACAAUGAGGCGAUCUCGUAUUAUGAGAAGGCACUUGCCCUUUCGACCAGAAGUUUGAGCACCUAUGCAGGUCUGGCGUACACUUAUCAUUUGCAGGAUAAUUUCAAUUCUGCAAUUACAUAUUACCAUAAGGCUUUGUGGUUGAAACCCGAUGAUCAGUUUUGCACAGAGAUGCUAACUUUGGCGCUUGUGGAUGAAUGCCGCCGUGGCACUGAUCAGAAAAAUGAAAUCCGGCGUAGCUAACCCACAAUAGUAAGUCUAGUUUGUAUUAGAAUUUUUGAAGUCACUUAUAUAUUGCAUACAAUAGAUGUCUAACGUCUAUGAAGCCUUGAUUACUCAACAUUUUCUCCUUUGUAAUAUCUGAACAAGGAAAGUGUAAUUUAAUGUACAAGUUUAUUAAAUAAAUGGAAUGUAAGAUUGGCGUUUGUCUUUGCGAUGCA